GCCGUUGCUGCGCCCAGGGGCGGACUGACCAUUUGGAAACUCGGGCACUGCCCGAGGGCCCGUGGUCAGUAGGGGGCCCCAUGAGAUGCCCCUGGUACCUUUUUCAUAGGCUUUUUUUAGUUUGGCCAAAAACACAGGGGCCCCAUGAUCCCUUAUUGCCCGGGGGCUCCAUGAGUUGUCAGUCCACCCCUGGCUGCGCCCUAGGUGGCAAUGCACCCUGGGUGGCUGCCUAGCUCACCUAGUGCUCCUGGUCAGUGCCCAUCA